AUGCCUUUGUUGUCUUGUCUUGUCUUGUCUUGUCUUGUCUUGUCUUGUCUUGUCUUGACCGUCUUGACUGUCUUGACUAUUGUCAUGCCCGUUGAGCCGAUGAAGAAGAAAGAAGAAAAGAAGAAGAAAAAUCGAACAUUGUUCGACAACUCAGAUGAUGAAGAUGAAGAUUGUGAUGAAGACGUACAUGACACCAAGGACAAGGAUGCAGGAGGAAAAGGAGGGUCGAGCUCUGCGGAGGCCUCGAAGCCUGAGGAGGAAGGGAAAAAGGACACCAAGAGAAAGAGAGAGGAAGCGGAGGAGGCAAACAAGGGCAAGGACAAGAAAACAAAGACAGGACAGGAGGCGGAGGGUUCAAAGCAGCAAGAGCUGAAGAGAACCGUGUUCGUGAGAAACAUUCCAUUGGAGGCCUCGGACCAAGAGGUCAAGGAAACGUUCCGAAGGUUUGGCAAGAUAAAACUCUGCAAGCUGGUGCUUGACAAGGCAACGGGGAAGCACAAGGGGACGGCGUUCAUCCAGUACGCGGAGGAGGAGGCGGCAGCCAAGGCGGUGGAGGCAGGAGGAGCCUUCACCGGGAGCGAGGAGUGGGAGAAGGUGCAGAAGAAGAAAGAUAAGCUGCAAUCAGUUUCCUUCAUCAAGAGCACGUUGGAGAGAGAAUUUCAAGAAACACUCUCCCUUCAUGGAAGGCAUUUGUUUGUCGCUUUUGCCGUCGACAGAAAUGAUGUGGAGAAAGUUUCAUCAAACAAGGAGAAGAUCGACAAGACUCGCCUGUCAGUUCGCAACUUGAGCAAGGACAUGACGGAGCCCCAGCUGAAGGCUCUGUUCAAGACCGCAGUCGAGGUCUCCGCUGUCUGUCCUCCUCCUCUCUCCUCACCGCCUUUCCCCUGCCAGAAUGCAAGCGGCAAGGACGACACGAGCAAAGUACAAGUGUUGUCGGCCAAACUCGUUCGGAACAAAGAAAAAGUUGAUCCGGUGACAAACAAGUUUCAAUCCAAAGGCUAUGGCUUCGUGGAGUUCAGCGAGCACGAACAUGCGCUGCUGGCUUUACGUAAGCUCAACAAUUGUCCUAUCACUGCAAAGAAGCACAACCAAGGGAAGAGACUGAUGAUCGACUUCGCCAUCGACGAUGCCAGGAUCCUUCGACAGCGGCGGAUCAAGGAGGAGAGGACGCAGAGGGCAAAACUUCGCCGGCAGGCCAACGAGGAAGUAGAGGAGAGUGAGGAGAAGAAGGCAGGGAGAGGAGCGCGGCAGAGGAUGAAGAAGAAGGAGAAGCGUGCAGCAUCGGCAUCGGCAAAAGGCGACGAGAAAGAAGGACGAGGCAAGGCAAGUCCAGCAGCUGCCCAGCAGAAAAAACAGGAGAAGCCGAAGAAGCAGCAGACUGCAGGAGAAGGAAGAGGCACAAAGACUGAGACGAGGAAGAGAAAGUUGGACGUCAAAGAUGGAGGCAUCGACAAGGAGAUCCACAACAUUAUCAAGCAUGAGCCGACGGGGAGUGUGAAGAGAAGUAAGAAGACCAGGAAGGAUGUCGUUGAUGACUUCGACAAACUUGUACAGAAAUACAACAAGACUCUUUUCAAAGCAGACGACGCAAGAUGGUUUGAUUGA